AUGGCCAAGUCUAGACGCAAUCGCGCCGCCGCGCGCAAAGACCCUCUCGCAAAGCCUGUCAAGCCGCCGUCAGACCCCGAGCUCGCUGCCCUGCGCGAGGCCAAGAUUCUCCCCGUCAUCAAGGACCUCAAGAGCACCGACACCAAGAAGCGUACGGCUGCCGCUUCCGCCAUUUCCAACAUUAUACAAGAUGCAAAGUGCCGCAAGCUGCUGCUCCGCGAGCAGGUCGUUCACACCGUCCUCAACGAGACCAUUACCGAUACAGCUCUUGAGAGUCGUGCUGCGGGUUGGGGGAUUCUUCAAGUUCUGGCGCAGGAAGAAGAGUCUGACUUCUGCAUUCAUCUCUUUAGAUUAGAUGUGCUGACAGCCAUUGAAUAUGCCUCCAAGAAUUUCACCGCGAGAGUCACAGCUGCCGAGCCCAAAUUCUCAAAACUUCCCAAGGCCGAACAAAGUACCAUCAUCAGCAUCCUUGCCUCUCUUUUGUCCCUCAUCACAGCCCUGGCUGAGGCUGGCGACAAUGUUCUCAACGCCAUCGCAUCCAACGCGACGCUAACACAGCUUCUUGCCGUACUCAUCACAAAACACGACGACAUCUCGGGCGAAUCCGAAAGCAUAUCCACACUCCGGACCGAUGCGCUGGCCUGUCUAAUGCUUCUGUGCGAAGACAAUGACAAGCUGGCGCAAGCCAUCAGCGUCGCUGGUAAUCAUACCUUUGAGACGCUCCUGUCGCUCAAGGACAGACUCGAUGGCGACGGCGUUUUAGCCUGCGCAGUCUUGCACAACAUCUUUGCCUCUUUGGAGGCGUCAGCAGAUGCCCGCUUGCCGGCUGAGAUUGACGACUCCGUCUUGAUACCCACCCUAACCAAAGUCCUCGCCUCUUAUUAUGCCGAGGAGCCCGCAGCCGCUGCCGGCGAGAGCUGGUCCGACCCCGCGCAGUACCAGCAGCUCGCCCUCGAGACCCUUGCCUCCAUCGGCACCAGCCUGAGCGCUGUCGCGGGCGGCCCUGUGGAAGCUGACAAGGCUGCUGCUGGCAAGCACAAAGCGCCUACUCGCGCCGAUGGGGAAGACGCCGGCGAAGACCAAGAAAUGGACGAAGCCGACAAUGUACAAUCACAUAGCGGUGAUGAGGGUAUGGGUGACGAGGAAGACGAAGACGAAAUGACACAGGAAGAAAUCCAAGCCGACAUGGAUAUGGUCCUUGGUGGCGACGACGACGAAAAUAUCGAGCAUCUUCCCGUUCUGCAAGCUCUUGUGCAAAAAGCGCUUCCCGAGCUCAUCCGCAUUGCUGCUUCCCAGCCUUCAAACGAAGUGGCCAUGGCUAUGCAGGGCCAUGCCCUCUCCGCCCUCAACAACAUUGCCUGGUCUCUCUCCGUCGUAGACUUUGCCGACAGCCACAACGCCGGCAUCCUCGCCGCCUGGUCGCCAGCCGCGAAAUCCAUCUGGGCGCAAGUCAUCACCCCUAUUCUCGCCUCCGACACGGCCGAUCUCGGCCUCGCCACGCAGGUGACUGGUCUCUCCUGGGCCAUUGCUCGCGCGCUGCGCAGCAACACGCCUCUGCAGCCCGGCGAGCAGCGCAAGUUCAUCACCCUCUACCAGGCCACCAGGGGCAGCAGCAGCAGCAGCAGCAGCAGCAGCAGCGCCGAGCAGCCGCAGACACCGGACGAGGACCCGUUUCAGAGCCUCGGCGUCAAGUGCAUCGGCGUCGUUGGCCAGCUCGCCAUGGACCCGUGCCCUGCGGACACUAACCGCGAGCUCGGCACGUUUCUCGUCACCGUCGUCUCCGCGCUGCCGCAGACUGCCCCCGCCGAGGCCGUCGAGGCGCUCAACCAGCUCUUUGACAUUUACGGCGAGGAAGACUACGCGUACGACGCUAGCGUGUUUUGGGCAAACAAUUUUGUCAAGCAUCUCGAGGAAGCCGUCCCCAAGGCACGCGCCAUGGCCAAGUCGGUGGACAAGAAGACGCAGGCGGAGCUGAGACUGCGCGCCGACGAGGCCGUCAUGAACUUGACCAGGUUCAUCGCCUACAAGAACAAGAACAAGCCCAAGAAUUGA